CAAAAUUUCUGCUUCCCGUUUCAAAAGUGCAUCCUUGUCUGUGUUCACCAAAACAAGUACUUACUAAAAUUAAUUAUUAAAUGUUUAUCAGAUUGUUGCUAAAUUAAUGUUUUACUAAUUUGAUAUUCAUUAUGAAUAGCAUUAUUGAUAAUGCUGGUGCUUUUUGAAAAGUUGACACUAACAUAUGAUAAGUUCAGGACAAUGGACACCCAAGAUCGGCUGUUCAAUUAUUUCAAAACCGUAGCCGGUAAUAUGUCAGGAUUGGCUUGAUUAAUUCUUCUACUUGGUCUCAAAAACUCGAGCUAAAUAAAAGGCUGGGACUGCAUCUACAAAUGCCACUGUCCAAUGUGCCACGUAUUUCUGUUCCCUCCCUGAACCUGUCCUCGUCGCCCUUUCCUCGACCUGAUGGGCAACUGUGUGGCCCGAGAUAUUCCUGAUCCCCAAACAGGCCUUACACCUAAUCACAUUAAUGCUGUUAGACAAAACUGGAAAUUGAUAGAAAAGCGACUUCCAGAAUAUGGGCUGGAGCUGUUUGUUGCGUUUAUUACUAAACACCCUGAAUGGCUGCCGUUAUUUCCUUUUCUCAAACCAUCGGAUAUGGCACGACUCAGCCAGACACCGCGUCUAAAAGCAUUUGGAACGAUAGUCUUAAGAAAACUCGGUGAGCUCUUGAGUAUGCUGGAUAGCCCUCCAAAACUAAUAGGAGAGCUCUUGCGCCAAGGCGCGAAUCAUCGAUCCCGCGGUUUGGCCCCGGAAAACUUCCAAGCACUCCAACAUGACCUAAACGAACUGUUCGUCAAAGUUUGCGGACCGGAAUUCGAUAUCGAAGCUUGGGAUGCCGUGCUCACCCUGAUUAUGACCGGUAUUGAAGAAGGACUCCGGCAAGCCAAAGACAAGGAUGCAAAAUACAUGUAACGUGAUCAGAUGUCUCAGCAAUUAUUCUAGAAUCGCAUGGAUACACACUACAGCUGCAAGCAAUUAUGUUUCAGUUUUGUGCUAUAAAGUUCACGGCUGGUUGAAUUGUGCGUUAAGAUAUGUGUUGUAAUUACAUGACAGUAAAGGACGAAAAUUGGCUUGAAUUACCUGCAUUACCCUAGGCAUUUGAUGCGAAGUUGUGCG